GCCCUAUGUGCGGAGUAGACAACGCCGAUCGGAGUCCGAUUCCAAGUCAGUCCAGUUUUGAACACGAACACGCUCGCAAUGUCUCCGGAUCGCCACGCCAGUCUCCUGAUCCCAAUCGCAGGCGCCCUGCUUCUCUCGAUGCUGGCGCAGGUGAGCGGCUACUCGGGCCUUAUUCCACCGGACCCAGCUAAUCCCGGCAAAUGCGUUUACCGGGGCGACACCCUGGAGCUGGGGGUCAAAACUGGCAUCUCGCCCUGCCAGCGGCUGACGUGCAACAAGGAUGGCUCAAUAUUUAUCGAGGGAUGCGGAAGGCUGAAAAUCGAGAGCUGCAACCACGGCGAGCGCAUCCAGCCCAGCGACCCCUUCCCCGAGUGCUGCAAGCUGAGGUACAAGUGCAGCCGGGUCGGGGCGGCGCCCUACUACAUCGAGCGGAAUACGGCCGAGAAGGUCUAGGAGGAUUGCCGUGGACGGGCUAGGGAUCACCUGGCAUAGCCCCACCAAAGCCAAGGACGCCUCCACCCUGCUUAGAUGCCACAUACAUACAAUCAACAAUUUGCUAAUUUAUUUGUCAUCUUGAGUUUCUCAAUAAGCACCAUGUUUUGUUUUUUUUUUAA